AUGGGAGAUUCCGUUUCGAUUGUUUUGAAAGUUGUCUCAUUGAUCACAUUAUUAUUGUGUCUCGGAGCAGCCAUCUUUCAUCUCGUGGCAUUGAUCAUGUACAGCCAAAAAGUACAAGACAAUGCUCCCGCUGAAACGUAUCUAGCACUCUCGUUCACAACAGUAGCUUCAUUCUUAUUGGCUCUUCUCUCCUUGUAUAAUGUUUUACGAUUAUUAAUUUCCUCUUUAAGAAAAUAUUCCCGAUUGAAUACGGUCUUGUUAUUGUUAUACAUGAUCAUGGGAGGAUUGGCAUUAGGGUGUGGAAUGGUUGAAUGUACCAUUACGGGAAUAGCUUAUCGAUUGGAAAAGAAGUUGGGUUUACGAGAUGAGCUUGUAGAGAGUUUAUUCGCAUCAGGAAUUGUGGUGAGUGGAGUGGCUGUGAUUUCCUUAUUGGAUUCAAUGGUGUUGCCUUUGAUUUUUGGAGGAAAAUCGGCAACAGGAUCGUUUGGAGAAAGAAUGAGAUUGUUGUAA